AUGGAUCGCGGUGGUCCUUUCAAGGUCUUCGUCGGCGGUUUGCCCCAGGACUGCACCAAUGACAUCCUCACGGACUACUUCAGCAAGUUCGGUAACAUCACUGACGUGGUGGUGAUGACGGAUCGGAUGACGGGCCGCUCCCGGGGCUUUGGCUUCGUCUCCUUCGACACCGAGGAGGCAGUGGAUCAGAUCAUGGCCAUGCACCAGGAUCACCAGAUCCAGGAGAAAUGGGUGGACUGCAAGCGGGCCACGGCCGAAGGUAGCAAGUCUGGGCCGAAGGGCGGAAAGGGAGGUUUCAUGGGCUGCGGUGGCUGCGGCGGUGGAGAUGUACGCCCAGGUGAUUGGAUGUGCCAAGCGUGCGGCGCCAGCUGUUUCGGAUCAAAGGAUGCCUGCUUCAAAUGCGGCGCGCCCAAGCCGCAAGGCUACGGAGGUGGCUGCUACAAUGCAGCGCCGCCGCCGAGCUACGACUACAGUAUGGCAGGCUAUGGCGCUGCCUACGGGGCCUAUGGCGGCUACGACGGCGGCUGCGGCGCGUAUGGCGGCGGAUGCGGCGGAUGCGGCUACAAGGGCAAGGGCGGCUGCAAAGGAGCGGGAGGGGAAGCAAAGAAUCUUUGCUUAGUGCGGGUCCAGCAAAACGAAGAUUGUGAGCGUUCUCAAGCUAUCCAAAACUAG